AUGCCUCGAGAGUGCCGUGAGGUUGAUCGAGAGCUGAAGGUACGCCGGCAGAUUCGUGAGAUCUAUUGCAAAACUGCGCAAGAUUUUCCAUCUGGUGAUGAUUGGGACGAGUAUCUGCUCCUCCGGGAGGAUAUCAUCUACAGGCUCGUGAAUGGAUCCAAAGAAGAGGUCCAAGACACGUGGCAUGAAAUAGAGCGCUACAAGGCGCAUCAUGCAGAAAGCAUCCGGCAAAUGCAGCGCAUGCGCCCGAAGAAGGUGCUAGAAAGGAUGGCGGCCGUCAUCAAGUCGGAAGGCAACUUUGCCAGCAAAGUCAACGCAGACUGGCUAGACCGCACGGCGCUCGUGUCGAAUCAUCCAUUCCAGGAGCAGUAUGACUCACUGCUUGGAGACAUGCCUCGAAGCCCAGAUGCGAGUCUGGCCACGGUUGGAACAGCAUCGCCGCUUACACCGCAACCGCUCAUGGCCGGUGCCAAAGGGGAUUCUGCGCGACGGUGUAGUGGUGGUGGUCAGCUAUCCGGGCUGAGUGAGAAGAAGGCGAAGCUUGGACUGCAUUGCGCAGGAGGCUCCAAACAUGGCGAUAAUCUCCUUUCACACGAUGCCAUCAGGCAAUGUCCACAUCUUUGCCACGCGGAGAUGUGGCAAGAGCCGACUGCAAGGUACUGGAAGUACACUAUGUGGUGCCAAAACGAAUCUCAGGCAACACAGUGGCAAAUUACUUCGAAUGAGCAGGCGAAGGAAAUGUUGACAGCCGACAUCGCCAAAGCAACCGCUUCCAUCUCUUCGGCGGCUCUGCACCUUGCGGACAUCGCGCAGUACGAGUCGACCGAUGAAGCUGACUUGAAGGCUCAAUUGCUAACUUCAAUCAACCUUGGAUCAACGUUUCCCCAACAUGAUGCCUUCACCGUCAUGGGCCUGGAGCCGCUCUCCAAGCUUGUGGCAGACUCCGAAUCCGAGUCGAGGCAGGGGCUUGGCUGCUGUGGCUGUGCUGCCACCCCGCCUCGGCUCUACUUCGGCGAUGCUCGUGCUCUGUGGCAAGGCCAGCUGAGGCCAUUUUCCUCACUUCCAGGGCAGUAUGAUAAAGAGUCGAAAAUGUCCUUCAACGACCUUCUCACGCUCUUUGCUUCGUUUGCUUUCAGCUUGAAGAUGAAAGUUUUUUUUCCCAGCUCUGCCGAGAUUCUGGGAGCCGGCUGGCAUCCGGGAGAUGCAUUUGCCGAGGAGAUUGCGCCAAAGCUGCCAGAAGAUUCCGGUGCCUACAGUGACUUGGGCACUCACCGGGAGAUGAUCGAAGACCGAGUCCGCACUGAGGCCUUUCGCGAGGCAAUCUUCCGGACUUGCAAGGACAAGAUCGUUCUGGAAGUCGGUUGCGGGACCGGCAUCCUUUCUGUCUUUGCAGCUCAAGCAGGCGCAAGACGGGUGAUUGCAGUGGAGGCCAAUGCGGAGAUGGCAGACCUGGCCCGCGAAGUAGUAGCUGCCAACAGCCUUGCCAGCAGCAUUGUCAUACUUGAAGGUGCAGUCGAGGAGGUAGCCAGCCUGGUGGAUGAAGCGUUAGCACAUGACAAAGCGGAUGUCGUCCUGUCUGAGUGGAUGGGCUUCAUGCUCGUGUGCGAAGACAUGUUCCCGAGUGUGGCAUUUGCUCGGGACCGGUGGCUUGCGGAAGGCGGUGCCAUGCUUCCGGCACGUUGCAGUCUUCACGUUGCUCCUUUCAGCCACGUCAGCCUGGUCGAGCGGCAGACAGGAUUUUGGGGAACGUCACCCUUUGGAGUUGACUUGUCGCCACUCGCAUUCCACGCUCUGGACCAGCACGUCUUGCAACCAGUCAUCGACACUCUGCAAGCGGAAGCGGUGCUGGGCGACUGCAGGAAGCUGUUUACUUUGAACUGCAAGGAGGCCUCUGCCGCGGAUGGCAAAGCUGGGUGUGGCACCUUCACCACGGCGAUCACUCGACCCGGACGCCUCCACGGCCUUGCUGUGUGGUUCAGCUGCGAGCUGUGCAGCGGUGUAGCCUUCUGCACAGCACCGGAGGCUGCUGCCACUCAUUGGGAGCAAACUUUGCUUUUCUUCGAUCCUGCUAGUGAGGUUAUGGAGUUGGAAGUGUCCAAGGGAGACAAGAUCGAAGGCGAGCUGCGCUGGCUCGUGGAGGGACGCGAUCUAGGAGUCGUCAUGACCGGCGAGGUCUCAACGACCAUGGACUCUGAGAUCAGCAGGUUGAAAUUUGGCAGACGCCUUGUGUUGAACGUCAUGUGA